AUGUCAUGGGAGACGACGCAAGCAGUAAUAACAAUCGACGGGUAUCAUCUCGACAUGGGCAGUGACCACCACCGAUCUUUCCAAGACAUCUUGUUUCGGUUAUGUGAGUAUGCAACCAUAUGUAUUCGAUCAGCUUCGAUCUUAGAGUCGAGCUCAAAGCAGUUACCACCAGAGAAGUAUCAAGACUAUGUAGUUCAAAUCACUGAAUAUAUCAAAGAGUUGAAUGACCCAUUAAGUAAAUUAUAUAUUAUAGUUGAGAGAGAGUGCACUAUGUUGUCACACAAAAGUAUUCAAGACUCGACUCAAGACAGACUAAUGGUCUUAAAAGACUUGACGACCAAUUACCUUCAAAAGUUUGACAAGAACGACAUGACCUCAAUGAUCUCAUUUUUUAAGACCACUUUAACUACAACCUUUUCUGUGAUGAAAGCAGUCUUAUCGGAAUGCUCUGAGACUUUAUGUGACAACUGUGAUCUGAUCAUUCAAAACAUCGAAAAGACUCUUCUGUUAGAAGAAGACACUUUCAAUCAGGGUUCUAUCUUUGUUGCGUCACAAAUAGUCAAUGGGAUAGGACUUCCUUUACGAUAUCGUAAAAACAGUGUCUGUGGCAUACUUGCCGAUUUGUAUGACGAGGUCGCUACCCGUUUAACACUCUCCCCAAACAAACAAGAGAUUGUUCUCUGUAAGACACUUGUUCUCAAGACAAAGGACGUCUUCAGGAGAAAUGUUCAAGACGUCACCGUCAAAGUUGAGGUGAUUAAGGUCGACAAGUCAACGGCUUCCUUAACUGUCGUCCCCACUUUUAGAGAUAAGGCGAUGCUUGAGAUGUUCUCCAAUGACAUUGAAGAUCAAGGUCUUCGUGAAUCGUUUGUGCAAGGGUCUAUUUUGGAGAAUGUUAAUACAUUCAGUAACAUAGCUAUAGAAGUCUCGCAGAACACAGUCACGCCGGAGAAGAAGCAGAUGAGGGGGAUGGAAGUGAUUAUAGAAGCAAUCAAUCAUCUUGUCGAUACAAUCGACCCCAACGACGAAGUCUUUUUUAAGACGCAAACAGUGAAAAUUGAGUCUGGGAACAAGAGCGAUAGCAUCUGUGGGGAGGGUUUAGUAUCUGUAUGA